AAAGAAGAAAACCCUCAGAAUAAAUGAACGUUCCCCCUCAGGUGUCGGACCUGGUGAUCAUCCUGAACCAGCGGAGGGCUGUCGAUGCGUUUGCGAAGGGCGGGAACCUGACGCUGGGCGGGAACUGCACGGUGGCCGUGGGACCCAUGGGCAGGAACGUGGAGGCGGACGUGGCUCUUCGCAGUCCUGCGGCAGUCUUCACUUACUGUAAAUCCAAAGGUCUGUUUGCUGGUAUUUCUCUGGAGGGAUCUGGCCUCAUCGAACGCAAAGACACCAACCGCAAGUUCUACUCCCGAGACAUCCGCGCAUCGGCCAUUUUGAACGGUGACGUGGAGCCGCCGUCAGAGUGCGCCGACCUUUACCACAUCCUGGAGCAGUACACGGAGGCCUACUGCGCUGACUGGACCAGCAAGAACAUGCGUUCAAAGUCAUCUGCUCCUCCAUCCAGACCUCCAGCCCCGACUCCACAGAGACCCACAAACACGUAUGUGCCUCCACCAACCAGUUACCAACCAGCACCAACCAGUUACCAACCAGCACCAACCAGUUACCAA